AUGAGUUCAUAUAUUCCACAAUCCUAUUUACGAACGGGAAGAAAGGCAAAGGACAUUGUUGCCAAAAUGUUGAACGCACCCGAGCAACUCAAAAGUAUGCCUAUUAAAUUGUGGAACCAGUAUAAUUUCCUUUCAAAAUUGGCUAGAAGCGAAGCUGUUGGUAGAAGUGGUGGUGUUACAGCCUUUUAUAAAGGAAACUAUGAAAUUAAAGUGAAACUAGAUAAAGAACAAAUGCCUUUCAUCGGACAAGGAAAAAUUGAUGUUGCCAAAUUACAAACACAAAUUAUGGAAGCCAUUGAAGAUGCUCGUAGAAACAAUCACAUUCACAAGUAUUAUGAGAAGAGUAAUUAUGAGAUGCUUCAUGAUAAUUCUCUAAAGCCAUAUACUUUUUCUAAAGGUGUGCAAUAUGCGACACAGAGAGCCGAUAUUAAAAAAGAUUUCACGCUCGCUGAGGAUGAUGAUGAAAAUCAAUACAUGUUCAAAAAGACUCUCCAAAAGUUGCAACAAUUAGAAUUGGACUUUAUUGAAGACAUGAGAGAUUAUAAAAAGUAUUUAGUCAAGAAGCAAGACGAAAUGAACAUGAACCUCCCAGAAAAUGAAAGGACUGAAGCAACAUUUACAACAACUUUACGCGAAAUGGCUGCACAAGCGUCAGUUCCAGAAGCCCAAAAACAAUCCAUUCGUAAAACAGCAUUCGACAUGGAAUUGGCAUCGUCAUCCAUUAUGGAUUACUAUGUUGACGAAAACAGUGAGGCUUUGAAAAAUAUUGAACUUUUGACCUACGACUCUCGUUUAGAUCCUGAUGCAGAACCAAUUGGACCAUUCUUGCCUGAAUUACUCAGAAUGAAGGAAACAGAAAAAAUGAUUGCUGAAUAUGAGAGUGAGCAUGGAAAGGGAUCCUUUGAAAAGUACAUGACUGAAGCUGCAGGGGAUGAGAUUAGCACAGCUUACGGUGCGUUGGAAAGCCUGGAUUCUAUCGGUAGCCCAUCCAAUCAAGAGAAGUGGAUCAGAGUGCUUUUUGAUGUUGGUGCCAACGAGAGCGUGGAUGAAGUGGUGCAAGCUCUCAAUGAGAGAAAAAAUCCAACCAGUAUUUCAAACGAAGCUGAUGUAGAAACAAAGGAAUCAUCAGAACAACAAACUAGUGAAGAAGAAAACAAAUAA